CGCCGUGGGUUUCCUUCCAGUAGACGGGAAAUGACAGAGUUAAAGUACAUUUCUGGAUUUGGGAACGAGUGUGCUUCCGAGGACCCUCGCUGUCCAGGCUCCCUGCCAGAAGGACAGAACAAUCCUCAGGUCUGCCCCUACAAUCUCUACGCUGAGCAGCUCUCGGGAUCCGCCUUCACGUGUCCUCGGAGCACCAAUAAGAGAAGCUGGCUGUACAGGAUUCUCCCUUCAGUUUCUCACAAGCCCUUUGAGUCCAUUGACCAAGGCCACGUCACGCACAACUGGGACGAAGUUGGCCCGGAUCCUAACCAGCUGAGAUGGAAACCAUUUGAGAUUCCGAAAGCAUCUCAGAAGAAGGUGGACUUUGUGAGUGGCCUGCACACCUUAUGCGGAGCCGGAGACAUCAAGUCAAACAAUGGACUUGCUGUCCACAUUUUCCUGUGUAACUCCUCCAUGGAGAACAGAUGUUUUUACAAUUCAGAUGGGGAUUUCCUGAUUGUUCCCCAGAAAGGGAAGCUUCUCAUAUACACAGAGUUUGGCAAGCUGGCCCUGCAGCCCAAUGAGAUCUGCGUCAUUCAGAGAGGGAUGCGGUUCAGCGUCGAUGUCUUCGAGGAGACCAGGGGCUACAUCCUGGAGGUCUACGGCGUCCACUUUGAGCUACCUGACCUGGGACCCAUCGGAGCAAACGGCCUGGCCAAUCCUCGAGAUUUCUUGAUCCCUGUUGCCUGGUAUGAAGAUCGCCAAGUGCCAGGUGGCUACACUGUGAUUAAUAAAUACCAGGGCAAGCUGUUUGCUUCCAAACAGGAUGUCUCUCCAUUCAACGUUGUGGCCUGGCAUGGAAACUAUACACCCUACAAGUACAACCUAGAGAACUUCAUGGUCAUCAAUGCAGUGGCCUUUGACCAUGCGGACCCUUCCAUUUUCACAGUGCUGACUGCCAAGUCUAUGCGACCUGGAGUGGCCAUUGCUGACUUUGUCAUCUUCCCACCUCGCUGGGGAGUCGCAGAUAAAACCUUCAGACCACCUUAUUACCACAGGAACUGCAUGAGUGAAUUCAUGGGACUCAUCAAAGGUCAUUAUGAGGCAAAGCAAGGUGGGUUCCUGCCAGGGGGAGGCAGCCUGCACAGCGCCAUGACCCCUCACGGCCCCGAUGCGGACUGCUUUGAGAAGGCCAGCAAGGCCAAACUGGCACCUGAGAGGAUUGCUGAUGGCACCAUGGCAUUUAUGUUUGAAUCUUCCUUAAGUUUGGCGGUCACCAAGUGGGGCCUCAAGACCUGUACGUGUUUGGAUGAGAACUACUACAAGUGCUGGGAGCCCCUCAAGAGCCACUUCACCCCCAAUUCCAGGAACCCAACAGAACCUAAGUGAGACGGAAGCCUGCUGCUGUCAUUGAAAAUAGAUUUACAUGGUUUCCUUGGGGAGCCUCACACCCUCUGGUGGUAUGGGGACGGCGAUUAAAAUGAGAGCUUGCUUUUCAUAGUCCAGUAACUCAUAGUUUAUGGAAAUGCAUUCAGAAAUGUCUAUGGCUUUCUAAUUACUCAAUAAAGAUGUGUUCUGUGGA